GGUUUACGACGUUGAAGGUUGGCCUAAUUGGGUCAGUCCCAAACCUGUCUGAACGCAAAACCCUAGCGCUUGAUGUAAUAUUGCAUCGCAUUGCACUGAAUUGGAUUGGGUUGCAGCUGAAGCAACGAAGGAUAUGGCGAUUCUUCCUUCUCUUGCAGUUCCUUCAACUCCCAUUUCUCGGGUAAAGCUGUUUCAGUGCCAACCCUGUCAAUUCCAUAGAUGCACAGAACUAUAUCUUCCCCAUCAAACAUAUUAUACUCGAACUAGAUCAAUUAAAGUAUCAAUGGCAGACCAUAAUGAGCCGAGUGAGGUUAAGAUGCAGAUUGGGAUCAUGAGGGAGAAACUUAAAGAAGCAAUGCCAGUCUCAGUUCAAGAAUUUCCUUGGAAAAAAGCUGAGCAAAUACUCCUAGACAGACUACUUAAUCUUGCACAAGAGACAGUGAAGUGGUCUCUUGUUUUGUUUUUCAUCUUUAGCUCUGUAUCGGAUGUUGUAUAUACAUUCUCCAUAAACCGUGAAUUGGUUAUUCCCAUUGGCCUCUUUGUUGGCCUUCUUGUGGCUGGUUUCUUGAAAGAGAUAUCGCAAGACUUGUUUCAUAGACCCGAGGAAAAGGAUUUGAAAUGGCAUCUUCUGGGCAUGUAUUGCAUUUUUGUGUUUGCCAAGUUUAUGUCAACAUGGUUUGCAACACUACCUCGAGUGUUUCUUUUGCAUGUUGCAAAUGGGGGACUGAUACAGGCUUUGUGGCAUUCGACAAAUUUUAUGGAAGAUGAAAAGAACAAACAAGAAACUAGCAGUUCCUCUAGUUUGCAUGCUUCAUGAUGGAUGUAUAAGUUAAGUAUUCCAGCACAUCUUUAUGAGCAGAUUGGGUUGUAAUUUUCCAUUAAUAUGUGGCCAAUAUGAGGUUUUUUUACUGGAGUGCACCUUCUCUCUCAUUU